UUCUCAGUCAGUGUUGUUUUUCUGUCUCGUUAGAAUUAGGUUUUACCUUAAAUUAUUUAUUAGCCAUUGAAUUCUUAGAGUACAUUUGAGGAUGCUGAACCUAUGUCUCGUCAGAAUUAGGUUUUACCUUAUUCAUUCAUGUCUUGAACUUGAUAUGUGUGGUAGUCCUGAAAAAGUAACUUAGUAUAUGUUUGGAAACUUGUUCGAAAACCACGACGAAGCUUAGAAUCUCCCUUUGUUAUUUGUUAUUGCUAUCAUAUGAUGCAGUUAUGUGGUCAUUCCUUUUUUGAAAACAAGGCUGACAUGGAUUGUUAGGACACUCACUCAUCAUUAUUGCAAGCGUAUCAUUCAUUGCUUGAUGAAUGUUAUACUGAGAAUGAAAUGGUUAACUGAUUGGAGUGAAUGGUGGACUAUAUUAGAAGGAAAUCUAAUUUUCAAUCCUCUAGCUAAAAACAAUUGAGUUAUGAAUGGAAAUAGUUAAAGCUUCAUCUCGUAUUUGUUGUUUUAUAAUUUGAUGUUAGAUUGGUUUACACACUUGAUCAAUAUCUGGAAACUUGCUGCAAAAGUAGUUUUGAUAGCACAUUAAUUUUUUCAAAUCUAUUAUUCCCCUUUUACCAUACUUCUUUUGGUGGAGUUAAUUUUCCUAUUCAUUUUCCUUGCUUUUCUGCUUUAUUUUUACUUUUGGUAAGCUCUCAGUUUGGUUAAGUGAUCAAGAAAAAUUAUAUUCCAUGAGUGCCUUUUGAUUUAUGCCUUGCAUUGAGUUGGAUUGCUUGUGGAAGAGAUCCAAGUAAAAGUUACCAAAAGAACUAUUCUAUAAAGGUUUUUGUUUGUUUGUUUGUAUUAUCAUUAGCAAAAGAAAUAAAAUUGAUGUACUAUGUUCCGGAUGCAGAGUUUUAAAAUAGUUAUUUGCAGAUGACGGUAAAGAAUCCUAUAAUCCUUUUUGAUUAUCUUAUUAAUUAGAAGUAUAUUGGCGGCAUGGUAGUCAAAAUCCAGAUUUUAAUCACUUAAUCCUACGAUAUGCGAUUACAAUCCACCUGGGCGAUUAAAAUCACAUCAUCCUUUUUUGGCUAAAUUGAAGCUUAUUGCGAUUAUAAGUGUGAUUACAUGAUUAAGCUCGGCCCAUGUAAUGUGGGUUUCUAUGUUUCCUAAACGCGGCUCGAUUUGCAAAACCCUAAUUCUUUUUAGCUGCUGAGCCCCCUCACUCAUGUUCACAAACCGCUUCUCUCCCCACUGCACCAGUGACGGCGCUCUGACUCAGUUUGACAAGGCUCCUCCACCGGAGAUGAACCACUCUUCUCAAAGUGAACGGGCUGCAGGCUCAUUUAUGUUUACUCCCCAUAUCAUCAACAUCAAUUCUGGAGAGGAUGUUUUUAGGAAGAUAAUGUUAUUCUGUCAGCAAAGUCCGCGAGCUAUAUGCAUUCACUCCGCAGAGGGACGCAUAUCAACUGUCACCAUUUCCCAUGUUGAUUCUUCUGCUACAGUAACAUACGAGGGAUCAUUUGAAAUUAUGGCAUUAUCUGGCGGAUUCUUUCCACAAGAAAGUGUUGGCGGAACACUCAUCCGAUCUGGUCGGAUGAACAUUUCUUGUGGAAUUUCAAAAGGCUGAAUCUUUAAAUAACAAUAUAUGAGGGAUCCUAUUUGGACUGGAGUGAAUAUUGGGCUUGGCCUAAAUCAGCCCAUGCGAGGACCCAAAAUAGUUAGCUUCUUUGUGUACUAUUCGGCUUAAUUUGUAGAAUGAAGUAAAAUUCCAUUGACCAAAAAAAAACGUAAAAAUGCAAUACCCAUAUCUUCUUCAGCGCCACCGCCGGCGGUUAUCGAUUUCUCGGCGGAGAAGCGGCGCCCCAAAGUGCAGCCACCUGGCUCAGUCAGCAAAGCCAGAUUC